UAAAGUAUAUUAUGCAGCAUUGAGUUGAAACAAUUCCAUUUUAAUUUAGUAAAUUUAAAUAGACAUGUGUUGAUAAUUGUAAGACUUAAACAAAUUGUGUUGAGUGUUAUCGACACAGUGAUUCGUAAGAUAUGAUCGAAGUCUUUUAAAAUUUGUGCUAUUUAUAUAAGGAAAUUGAUAACUUACAAUGAAGUCACAGUCCAUAUUUUCCAUGUUCCAAGGAACAUUACCUCAACUAAUAGCGGUUCUUAGUGGAACAUUAGUUGCUGUAUCCGAUGGUAUGAACUAUGGAUGGACAUCACCAGUUAUACCAAUCCUACUGGGCGAAAAUAGUCACAUAAAGACCACAUUGCACGAAUGUGAAUGGCUCGAACAUAUCCUCAACAUUGGGGCGUUUUCUGGAUUGCCGGUUACCAUUUACCUGGUAGACAAAAUCGGGAGGAAAAAGUCUCUACUUCUGGCUUCAUUUUCCAGCUUACUUUGUUGGAUCAUAAUAGCUUUAGCUAAUAGAAUGGAGUACUUUUAUGUUGCCAGAUUUUUUUGUGGCAUGAGUGGUGACAUGGCUUUCGUUUCUGGUCCCAUGUACAUUGCUGAAAUUGCUGAUCAUAAGAUUAGAGGCUUUUUAUCUAGUUUAAUUUACCUUAUGAUGCUAUUCGGCAUAACUACGAUUUAUUCUAUUACUCCUUACGUACCCUUCGUAGUGCCAUCUAUUCUAGCUGGCAUUCUGCUCAUAAUUGAACUGAUUAUAUUUCCAUUUAUGCCUGAGUCCCCUUAUUAUUUAUUGUAUAUAGGCAAACGAGAAGAAGCUAAAAAAUCACUGGAAAAGUUUAGGCCAAACGGUAAUGUGGAACAGGAACUAGACGAAAUAGCAGCAGCAAUUAAAAGACAAAAGAGCGAAAAAGGCCGACCUCAAGACCUCAUUCUCGUUAAAAGUAACAGAAAAGCCCUAAUCAUUCUAGCUAUCCUAAACGGAGCUCAACACUUCAGUAGCAUCAGUGUUAUGAUUAUGAAUGUGCAUUUAAUUCUUGAAGCAGCCGGUUCUAUUUACAUAGAAAAAUCAUUGGCAGCCAUAAUUUUUGCUGUUAUUAUGCUAAGUGCUGCUACCGUUUCUUCGUUUUUCAUGGACAAGUAUGGACGAAAAGUUUUAUUGAUUACUUCUUCAAUUCUUACGGGAUUAUGUUUGUUGGCACUAUCCAUUUAUUUCACGCUAAAAAAUUCCGGAGUUGAUGUUUUAUUUGUUAGUUGGAUACCCAUAGUUUCAGUUAUGGUGUACGCAUGUGUUUUCAAAUUAGGUUUAGGUAUGGUUCCAAUUGUUUUAACAGCUGAAUUAUUCCCAGCUAAAAUGAAAGCCAUGGGAAUGACAUUAGCUGAUGCCAUGUACGUUAUUUUUUCAAUGAUUUCUAUUUAUUUGUAUCAAUGGCUGUCUCAAUCUUAUGGAAUUCAUGUGCCGUUCUAUUUGUUCUCGGCCAGUUGUUUUUUCACAGCAAUGUUUACUGUCUUGUUUAUUCCCGAAACAAAAGGGAAAACUUUGGAGGAAAUUCAGUUUAUUUUAAAGGGAGAAAUUCAUCCAAAAGAUAUUGAAGAUUUUGACACGAAAAGUGUAAGCUAAGAUUAAUAUGAACUUUAAUUGUUAAUAAAUAUACAUUGUAUAA